UCCAGACAUAUGAGACUCAGUCCUGUUCGACAGAUAUUCCCGCAGAGUUUAUCACACAUUUGGUCCACUCUGGCUCUUGACAGCACCCCUACUGGUCUGAAUUAAACCUGUGACUUGCUACUGUUCUCAGAGCCUCAGCAGAGUCUAGACCUCUGGAUAGCGGGCUGCUGUGAGCCUGCACCAUCUCUCUCUGAAACCUGACAACUUAAACCAGCAGCAGGAAUCCCAUGUCAUGAUGAAUCGAACGUGAAAGGAUCUGUGCCACCCGUUUGUCCUCCAGAGCAGUUUGGUGAUGGUGAACAAGUGUUUCCUGAGGACCUGAUAGAAGACUGGAUGUGGUUGUAACUAUGGUUACGUCAGGGUUGGGGGCGUGGGCCCUCUCCGCCUGUGGCCUCAUGCUGGUCAUCUGUUCGUCUGUGUGUCUGUCCCAGCAGCCUCACAUCAAACCAGCAGAGUGUCUUAGAAAGGAACAUCCUGUUGUCUCUUACCAAGCGUUGAGGCCAGGGAUGUCAGAGUUCUCUCAUCCAGGAGUGAAGGAUUUCUCCCAGCUGGCACUAGACCUGAGCAGAAACCAGCUCAUUGUGGGAGCAAGAAACUUUCUCUUCAGACUGACGUUAAGCAACGCCUCGCUCAUACAGGCGACAGAAUGGGCACCCGAUGAAGACACAAAGCGCUCAUGUCAGAGCAAGGGGAAGUCUGAGGAGGAGUGUCAAAACUACAUCCGGGUUUUGUUGAUAAGUGGAACGACGCUCUUCACGUGCGGGACCAAUGCUUUCACCCCAGUCUGCAUAACCAGGCAGAUUGGUAACAUCAGUCAGGUGUUGGACACAGUGAACGGUGUUGCCAGAUGUCCCUAUGACCCGCGCCACAACUCCACCGCCAUGGUAACAGAGAGGGGCGAGUUGUAUGCUGCUACGGUGAUUGACUUCUCAGGACGUGACCCCGUCAUCUACAGGAGCCUGGGCAACAUGCUGCCACUGCGCACUGCCCAGUACAACUCCAAAUGGCUCAACGAGCCUAAUUUUGUGUCUGUUUAUGAGAUUGGUCGGUUUGCCUACUUCUUCCUGAGAGAAACCGCAGUUGAAAACGACUGUGGGAAGAUAGUUUUCUCACGCGUGGCCCGGGUCUGUAAGAACGAUAUGGGUGGACGUUUCCUUUUGGAGGACACCUGGACCACCUUCAUGAAGGCCCGACUCAACUGCUCACGCUCAGGAGAAAUCCCCUUUUACUACAACGAGCUGCAGAGCACCUUUUACUUACCAGAGCAGGACCUGAUCUAUGGUAUCUUUACCACUAAUGUGAACAGUAUAUCAGCUUCUGCUGUCUGUGCCUACAAUCUGAGCUCCAUCACCCAGGCCUUCAAUGGACCCUUUCGCUACCAGGAGAACCCCCGCACUGCCUGGCUUUCCACCCCAAACCCCAUACCCAAUUUUCAGUGUGGCACACUGGAGGAGGGAGGCCCCGGUGGGAACCUGACAGAGCGCAGCCUCCAGGAUGCCCAGCGACUCGUCCUCAUGAAUGAUGUGGUCCAGCCGAUCACCAUCAACCCUCUGCUCACCCAGGACAACCUGCGCUUCUCCAAGCUGGUGGUGGACAUCGUGCAGGGCCGAGACACCCUCUACCAUGUCAUGUACAUCGGCACCGAAUACGGCACCAUCCUAAAGGCUCUCUCCACAACCAAUAAAAGCCUUCAAGGCUGCUACCUGGAGGAGCUCAGGCUCCUCCCUCAAGGGCAUAUCGGACCAAUCAAGAGCCUCCAAAUCCUCCACAGUGACAGAUCUUUGAUUGUUGGGCUUGAUGACAGGCUGGUGAAGAUCCCAUUGGAGCGCUGCUUCAGCCAUCCAACUGAACGUCAUUGCAUGGAAGCUCGGGACCCUUACUGCGGCUGGGAUCACAAACAGAAGCGCUGCACCACCAUCGAGGAGAGCUCCAACAUGAACCAGUGGACUCAAAACAUUACUGAGUGCCCAGUGAGGAACCUGACACAGGAUGGCGGUUUUGGUCCUUGGGCUCCAUGGCAACCUUGUAACCACGAUGACGGCGAGGGCUCCAUCAGCAGCUGUGUGUGUAGGUCCCGCUCUUGUGACGGACCUUUAGCCCAAUGUGGUGGGGUUGAAUGUAAAGGCGCAACUAUCCAGGUGGCAAACUGUUCCAGGAAUGGCGGCUGGACUCCCUGGUCUUCAUGGGGCCAGUGCAGCAGCAGUUGUGGUAUUGGAUUUGAAGUGAGGCAGCGAUCCUGCAACAACCCCUCGCCUCGCCACGGUGGUCGAAUCUGUGUUGGCCAGGGUCGAGAGGAGAGGCUGUGCAAUGAGAAAAAGCCCUGUCCCCUGCCUGUGUUGUGGACAGGGUGGGGCCCCUGGGCACACUGCAGUGCUGAAUGUGGAGGGGGGGUCCACUCCAGGACCAGAUCCUGUGAGAAUGGCAAUAGCUGUCCUGGAUGUUCCAUGGAGUAUAAGGCCUGUAAUCUGGAGGCCUGCCCUGAAGUGCGGCGCAACACCCCCUGGACCCCCUGGAUGCCAGUCAACGUCAGUCAAGAUGGGUCAAGGCAAGAGCAGAGAUUCAGGUACACCUGCCGGGCGCUUCUCCCCGACCCCCAGCAGCUCCAGCUGGGCAAGAAGAAGAUGGAGACCCGGUUCUGUCCCAAUGAUGGGUCUGGAGCCUGCCAGACUGACUCUCUGGUUGAAGACUUGGUGAAGACUAGUGGGCGAACUCUGUCCCAGCCCCAAGGUGUGCGCUGGGAUUCGUGGGAAACAUGGUCCAGCUGUUCUCAGCAGUGUUCCAGAGGCUUCCGAACCCGGAAACGUAGCUGCUCAACAGCAGAGGGUAGGACGAACCCCAACGCCUGCGUAGGAUCCCCGGUGGAGUAUCAGGAUUGCAACACUCGACCGUGCCCAGUGAGUGGAGCCUGGUCUUGCUGGUCCUCCUGGUCCCAGUGCUCGGCCAGCUGUGGGGGCGGACACUACCAGCGGACUCGGACGUGCAGCAACCCACCCCCUGCCAGUGGAGGAGACAUCUGUAUAGGCCUGCACACUGAAGAGGCGCUCUGUAAUACACAUGCCUGUGAAGAUUGGGGUGAAUGGACAGAUUGGGGGGACUGUGAUGACGAGGGUCUGCAGCAUCGCACUCGUCGCUGUGUUGAAGACCGGGAGGCUGAAGCCAGUCUCUGCCAGGGUAACGUCACCCAGUCCAGGCCUUGCCAGCCCCACGAGGUUCCAGUUAUUUUACCCGGACAGGAGGACCAGAGCUGUGGAACCUUUACUUUGUUCCAGUUAGUAGCCGUGGGCUCAGCCAGUUUCUUUGCAGCAGCGUUACUGUCAGCACUGGCCUACACCUACUGCCAUCAACUUAACCGACCGUCAGCGGAGUCAGCAGUUAUCCACCCCAGCACACCCAACCACCUCACCUACAACAAGCAGGACAACGCCACGCCAAAGAAUGAGAAGUACAUCCCCAUGGAGUUUAAGACGCUAAACAAGAACAAUCUCCAUGUGAACGACGAGACGUGCAACCACUUCCCCUCCCCGCUGCCAUCCAGCAAUAUGUUCACCACCACCUACUACCCUCCCAGCCUGAGCAAGUACGACUUCCAUCCGGACUCCCCCUGCAGGACCUACAUGCACAGCUGAGAGGCCAGGCCAGGCUCUUAAAACAAAUCCGACCCUCUUUACUCACCCAUACACCACCAUGAAGUUUUGCCUAGUUCAAAAAAUACAAUAAGAUUUGAUCAACAUUCUCAUGUUCCAGUCAAAUUUGUAGAUCUGUCAAUGAGAUCUUACAGGCUGGCUUCACCCAAAUUACACUUAUCUUUUGUGAUAUCUUGGCAGAUGUAGACAGUUUUUUUUUUUUUUUUUUUUUUUGCCCAGGUGUUGAGAUAUCUGAAUUUAGUUUAUGGUGCCAAAAGAGACUCGAAAUUACACUUCAGUUCAGCAGCUCUUUCCAGAAACAGUGUUUCCUUUACAUCAUGCACAGUUAUUACAUUAUGUGCAGAUUUUCAUGUAUGAGUUGCUACUGCAUGCAUAGAAAUUUAAGGUUAAUAGCAUACACCAUGUGCACCGUAUAUAACGGUUAUACUGUGUUCUUGCCCUUGCAGGAUUUGUCAUUGCAUUUUAUCAGUUACACAGGCUUAAAUAUUCAUAAACUUUAGUGCUGAUAUGGCUGCACCUUGAGUGUCCUUUUUUGUUUUCCACAUAGGAGUUUUUCAAAUACCUGUAUUUUCACAGCUGGCAGGCUUGUUGUUCUCCCAAAUUGUGGGAUGCAUCUGUGUGCAAGCCACAAUGACACAACUGCAGAGGCACAUGCUUCGUUCUCUAAAUCAAACCAGCACCUACAGUACAGCUGCUCCCUUCCUCUUACUUCACCCACCCUGAGGUGCUGUGUUUGUGCUCAGGGCAGUGUGAGAGCAGGGUAGGACCCAGAGCUCCAGGCAUUGAGGUAGACUUCCUGGACAAUGUAUGUACCUGGAUUUCUACCAGACUGAGAAGAGACUCAUCUACUGGUUUUUAUUUUGGGGGGAUUUUCCCUUUCCUCAUUUUCAGCAGGUGGGUUUAAAGGACUCAGUAAUACUGUAUAAUAUUUUUUGCUUGGACAUAUAAGUGUGGGUUGCCAUCGGUAAAGACAAAUGAUGGGUUGUAAGAAACAUCCCCACACGCCAUCCUUCACUUUGUUUGAAUGAAGCGAAGAAAUUAAGAGACUUAAAGAUUUCGAGCUUAUUUGCUUUAAUGUUAAUGUUCAGCCGAAUCCACAACUGAAAACAACACUGACGAGGACAUUUCUGACACACCUCACUAUGUACUGUACAUUGUUAAAAUUCUUGAUUGACUUUUCUGUCAGCAGAUUGUAUGAAUUAUUUGAAGUGUAUUCACAGGUGUUACUGUUUGUAUUUUUAUCUCCUGAAACAAAAUGAUUUGAUUUUGUAAACAUAGGGCAUUUUUUUGUCAGUCACACUCAUAUUUUCCGGAUGUUAUUGCAUUAAGGUUAUUGUUCAAAAAUCACCAGAUAUAAACCUGUAUUUUUCAGAGCCUCUCACCAGAGCAUGAACACACCAUAAAUGAGCCGCAAACUUCAGCUGCAGUGCCAUGCAACAAAAAGGUAACUCAACAAUGUGUAUAACUGUGAUGGAUUAACUUGCUCAAGCAUGUUUCAAGUCUCUACAUUUUGUUUUUAUAGUGUACUGAAAUGAAUAGGAAACAAUGGCUGCCCAAAGGCAGGAAAAACAUCUAUAAGACUUUUGUAUGUAGAAAAUGUCCGGCAGCAAUGUAAUAAGUUAAAACUUUGAGAUUUUCUUUUGAUAAAAUGCACUGUUUUUGUCAGUUAAGGAAAGCAUGGUGGACUAUAACUAUUUGUAUUCUUAAAUUUCUAAAUACAAAUAAUAAUGUGCAAAUUUGGAGAAAACAUAAUUUGGCUCUCACAGUCCAAAAACAUGAAGGUUAUUGUGAGUGUGGAUGACUGCCUGGCUAUAUGUGUUGUGUAUAAGGUAACAUUACUGGUGCUUGUAUAAAUAUGUUUUUUUUCCACAUUUCUGUGGAUUAUGAAGGCAUUAUGCUUGCAAGUGUUUUUACAUGCUCCCCUGAUACAAAUUCAGUAAUGCCUUCUUUUAGGGGUCAGUCAUUUCAGAAGAAUUUCCAAGAAGUAUCCUGGAAAAGAGCAUUGUUAUUUGGAACAAAUUAUAGGGAAAUGUAUUUGAUUGACACGCUUCAUUUAAAGCAUGCGAUGCCUUCUUUACAGGAAACUUCUUGGAAAUGAUUCUUAAGUUACUGACGUAAAAUGAAACCGUUACGCAAGCUCUACUGCUGAAAUAGUAGUAGGCUAUACAGUAUUUAAGUUAGUUCAUGCUGUAAAAUGUGUAUUGCAUAUCUUAUGUUUCUAAAUUGUAAAUACCAAGAAAUGGAUUCAGGUGUUUCUCACCAAUAGCAGUGUGAUGUAGCAUGAAACAAACAGCCCUGAUAAUAUGUGUUCACGUUUGGGUGCUUGCGUACAUGUGGCUGCAUGCACUGACACUCUUACAUGAAUAUACAUACUGUAUAAUGUACAUGUUUGUGUAAAUUGUACAAAUAUAUGUAUUUGGCCUAGACAAUGGAAAUAUUCAUUUUUAAUGGAGCAUCCUCAUCUGUGCUGUGACAGAAAAGGUUUUGGAUUUAACAACCAUUGUCAACGGAUACCUAAAUGGAUUUGACUUGCUCCCAAAAUACACUUCUCCUGUU